AUGGCCAUUACGACAAGCACGAAUGGUGACAGCAACGGGCAUCACGAUGCCGAUAUCCAUGAUGUCUGUGUUGUAGGAGCUGGUCCUUCUGGCCUCAUGCUAAGUGUCGUGUUGGCAAAGCUUGGUCUCUCAGUCAAGGUCAUAGAUGAGAGGCCCGAUCAGACAACUGUGGGCCGCGCUGAUGGUAUCCAACCAAAGACCAUUGAGACGUUGCAGAUGCUGCGAAUUGGCGAUGAUCUUGUACAAACAGGCGUCAAGGUUCAUGACAUCUGCAUGUGGCGAGGUUCACCAACUGAGGGACUUCGCCGUACAGGACGUGAAGUCCACUAUCCAUCUUCAGUGGUAGAUGUGCUACAUCCCUAUAUCCUUUUGUGCCAUCAGGGCAUGAUGGAAGGGACGUUUAUUACUGACCUGCGGAAAAGUGGUGUUGAGGUCACUCGAAGUCACACGUUUCAAGGCGUGACAGACUCUUCAGAUCCUCAUAUUCUACAGAUCGAAUGCGACAAAGAUGGUGGAACACGUACAUCUAUUCCAGCCAAGUAUCUAGUAGGCUGUGACGGUGCUCGCUCAGCAGUACGCAACGCCAUUCCCGGCGCGGCCUCUCAAGGAACGCCCCAUAACUCUGUCUGGGGAGUUUUGGAUGGAGAGUUGGAUACCGACUUUCCUGACAUCUGGAGCAAGACCGUCAUAUUCUCCGAGGAACACGGGUCAGUCCUACUUAUUCCACGUGAGCGCAACAUGACUCGUCUGUACAUCGAGAUGAAGAGUUCGGUCACUUCGAAAGGGCUCGGUCAGGAGUUUGUCAUGGAGCAGGCACGUCUUAUUAUGGCUCCCUACACCGUCAACUGGACAUCAGUCGAGUGGUUCGGCAACUAUCAAGUAUCCCAACGUUUCGCAACACGGUUCUUGGACCCAACUCAGCGAGUAUUUAUAGCUGGAGAUGCUAGUCACACACACAGUCCAAAGGCUGCACAGGGAAUGAACACCAGUGUCCAUGACUCUUGGAACUUGGGCUGGAAGCUCAACCUUGCCGCGCGCGGUUUCGCCAAGGAUGGAAUUCUUCUACAGUCUUACGAGCAGGAACGGAAGAAGAUCGCGGAAGAUCUCAUCAACUUUGACUUCGAACACGCCAAUGAGAUCGCUGGAGGCGACUCCCAGAGACUCGCUGAGAAUUUCCGCAAGAACACACGCUUCAUCUCGGGAGUGGGGGUUGAGUACGGUCCCAAUGAGCUGAACCAUCCUCUAGAUGCCGCUCCUGGUGGCGAUGCUAAGCCUGGCUGUAAUCUCCCCCAGGCAAAGGUUACGCGCUACAUAGAUGCUUGCCCAGUUGAUGUUCAGCUUGAUGUCCCAGUUCUCGGCCAGUUCCGAGUCUAUGUAGUCGCUCCGAACCUUACGGAUCAUCAAGAGAGUGGCUUCAUCAAAGGGCUCGAUGAGUCUAUCUCAACACCAAACUCGUUCGUAUUCCAGCUUGGCAAGUCAGCGCAGGCUUCAUAUCAGCAGAAGCCUCGUGCCAGCCGAGCCGAUGAUGUUUACGUGCGGCCAGAGCGAUACACAACAGUCAACCAACUAAUCACAUUUGCACUUCUUACCUCUACAGAUAAGAACGAGUUUGAGCUCUCAGACUUGCCUCCCGUAUUUUCCAAGAGUAGGUGGACGGUAUAUCUGGAUGACGCGGCGCAUUUGGAUACCAAGCGAACUUCGUGUACAGAGAAGUGGCUUGGCUCUGUCGAUCGUGGAGAGGUUUCAAUUCUCGUGGUUAGGCCGGAUGGUUAUGUCGGUGCCAUUCGGCGUAUCAAGAAUGCCAGUUUCGAGGAUGGUGCCGCGGCGGUGAGUUGGCUCGAUUCGUACUUUAGAGGGUUUCUGCAGAUCACUUCUGCCUGA